CAAAGAGUAAUCUUGUGACGCUUCACCGAUACCUCACAAAACUAUCGGACGCUACAUUUUGCUUAAUGAAUGCACAAGAUCUGAUGACUUUCAAUUUUGAUUUUUUUGACGAGUGUAAGGAUUCUGAUGAUGACGACGCAAUUAUGGACGAAUAUGAAGUCGAAGAAAAAAUCCAAGACAAAGAAGACUUCAUCGUUCAUACAGGAUUAAAACUUAAUAUUAAGGAUAAAAAUUCUGGAGAUAAGUUGACUCUGGAUUCAUACCCUCCUCCUGUUAUGCCAAUAGAAUCAUACCACAAUCAAUCGUUCAUUAUUUGUCGUACGGUUGAACCCUUUGAAUCAACUAAAGAAUAUAGUGUAAAGAAUAAGAGUGCUGAUCAAGUUCUCAACGCAUUUAAAGAUACUAAUUUAAGAGUCAGCCCUUCUAUUG